AUGUUGUCACUUCGUGGUAUUCGAGACUGGGGUCUGCCUGAUCGCACGGAUCAACGCGGCUUCUCCCUCCUUUUUUAUGCACUCCGCGUUAGGACAGUCGGGGCAGCGCAAGUAUAUCAGAUGGAUUGGGAGAGCGGUGAAGAAAAUUCUAAACCGGACCACCGGCACUACAUGAAGGAAGUUUCAGACGAAUCGGUUGUGGUGGGUGGGAUGGACAACGUCAUGGUCACAUUCGAGUCCAAGCCCAUCCGCCCUCCUCCUCGGGUAUUUCCCCUCUUUUUCAUCCGAGACUGUGCUCCAUCGGCACCGUCAGCAAGCCAAGAUGGUAACCUCAAUCCAUUGGCUAAACGUGGCCUAGCUCAGGUUGCUUCCGCAUUUUCGGAGACUACCACGACUACCUAG